GGCCACUUUCCAGGUCAGGACCUCUCGGACCCGCCAGCCGCCUGCUUCAUCCUGGUUUCCUCAGCCGGACAGCCCCUGCGCACCUACUCCCGCAACUUUGACUUCCUCAAUGUUACAAUACCCGUCAACAGUACGGCAGGUUCUGUUAGCUUCCAACUGACAGCAAAGGACGAUCCGAGGGACGCGGAUGCACUUGCAUUGGCGACUGCUAAGCUUCUGGACCCUACAUCCGACUCCAAUGACCCAGCCGCUAUGAGUUCGUUACUUGAUUCAUUGCAUGGGGACUUCUGUUACUGGCGAGUGACCCAAGGGUCGGUCCGAGUGGCCGCCAGCCUCGGCGGAACGCGGCUCAUGCUGCGCUCCGAAAGCUCUUCAGGAACCGUUUGUACGGCAGCUGACCCAUGGGGCGGCCCUGGCGGCUCCGCUGCUCCCGAGGGCUGGUUGUCCCGCCUGGGCUUCCUGCUACGGCUGCAGUACGACGUUUUGACCCUCCGUAC